UUCGUUUAUCUCCGCCUGGAUCUCGAGAUUCAAAAAACGAUGUCCGCCGCCGACGGAAUAUUCCGCAGCAUCUUCGAAGGCUGCAUCUCCGGCCUCGAUUCCGCCAUCGAACGACGUCCUUACCACAAAAACUGCGACUGCGCGCUCCACGACGGCGCCAAGAAAAGUCAAAAUCAGCGGCGGAAGCCUUGCCGACGCCACGGAAGCUCCGAGAGCAUCUCGUUCCCGAUCCGGAGGUCGUGGAGCGAAGGCAACAUCAUGGCUAUGAGUUUCCAGGCUUCGUCGGCUUCUUCUUCGAAUCAGAAUCUUCAAUCGCUCUCUUCGUCGUCUUCUCUCGCGACCUUGGCGGAUUUAUCGGUGGAGACGGGGGGUGCGGUGGUGGAGACGAGGAGGUCUCAUCAGCUGGGAUGGACGAUUGAUGAAGGUGAUGAUGAUGUUUGAUUGAUGAUGAUGAUCAGAUGAUUUUUCACGGUUAAGGUUGUUCGUUGUUAACUGCUAAUCUCUCCCACACAGAUUUAAUUAAUUUUCGUUAUAAUAUGUUCUAAAAACAUAAUCAAAAGGAUUGUUGAAGAGAUUUUGUUGACUCUUUUUUUUUAAUUAUUUUGUUUGUUUGUGAUGUUUAGUUAAAUAUCUUGACAUCACUUUAUAAAUAUUCGUGUAACUUUUGUUCUAUAGGCGAUAGCCUCUGUUAUUAUUAAGAUUCAUUCAUUGUCAUUACAUAAUUUGGAGGAGUCCAUGUUUAUUGUUAUGGCAUAGUGUGGGAUUAAGAUGAGCACAUGGAGAUUAAGAUGUAGAUUAUCUUUACGUAAGGGGCACCAUGUGUGUUAUACAGUGCAUUUGAAAGUAAUCACAUGCGUUUUGGCCUGGAUCCAAAAUAUAUGGAAACAAAU